AUGCCAGCAAAUAAAAAGUCUGGGUGCUGUGGUCCUGGUCGCAGGUUCUAUGCGGGCCCGAAACUGGUGAUAAUGGUCGCUCACCCAGACGACAUACAACACAUCCUGGUGACGUCCAAAUUGGUAGAACGAGAUCCCCACACCACGAGCGCCGUGUGGCCCUUCGUCGGCGACGGAUUACUCACCCUCAACGGUAGCCGGUGGAAGACGCACCGCAAACUCAUCAACCCCACGUUCCACUCUGAGCUGCUGGGGAACUUCCUGGAGGCGUUCCACGAGGGCGGCCUCUACUUCAGCGAGCGGCUGGCCAGCGACAGCGCGGGCGGCGCCGCCCCCGCAGGCGUGCACGUCGCGGCCUUCUUCGGCGCAUUGCGGAGCUUCUGCAGCGCCGUCGUCGGCGCCGACCCCGACCGGCUCAUACCGGACAUACCGGAGCACGAGGUCACUACGGCGUUAAGACGCGCCUUGGCCCUCGCACAGGAGACGCUGCGGCUGUUCCCGGUGGUUCCGAUGCUCCCUCGGAUAGUCAGGGAGGAGAUCUGGUUGUCCAAAGGGCGGGUACCAGUCCCGAAGGGCGCGAUACUAUUCGUGACGCCCUUCCUCACGCACCGCCUGCCGCAGUUCUUCCCAGACCCGCUGAGGUUCGACCCUUCGCGCUUCCUCGAGGGUCGAGGCGACGAGGAGCACCCCUGCAGCUACGUGCCGUUCGGAUUGGGCUCACGCAACUGCGUGGGCUCCCAGUACGCGCGCCUCGAGGUCAAAGUCUUCCUGGCGACCGUCUUGAGACGCUUCCGGUUCCUGCCGCACAGCCGCUGGGAGGACCUCGAACACGCCUUGCUCAGCAUCACCCUACACACCGUCAAGCCGAUCGAGGUCAACUGCGUGCCUCUGCAAGAAUCUGGCCUAUAG